AUUUCCCAACAAGCAACUUGCCCAAUGCCACUGCUCGGGCAAACUGGGUUAACAUGCAAGCCAGUGACACGGCCCUUAAGUUCCUUGAUGGGAUAAACAUUGACUAUGAGGAUGCCAUUGAACCAAACACUACAGAGCAAAAAGGGCUCACAAGCCUUGUCCGAGAGACUGCAAGUGUUUUUCACUCCGUCAUGCCUGGAUCACAGGUAUCUUUUGAUGUUGCAUGGUCAGCAGACGGUAUAGAUGGACGAUUCUAUGAGUACAAAGCCAUUGCUAAUUACAGUGAUCUGAUAUUCAUUAUGGCCUAUGAUGAGCAGAGUCAGAUCUUAGAGGGCCCUUGUACUGCCAGACCAAAUUCAGGUAUCUACAAGACAGCACAAGGGAUAGAGUCAUACAUAAAUUUGGGUAUUCCUCCCCAGAAGAUGAUCCUGGGUGUUCCCUGGUAUGGGUACAACUACCCAUGCAUUAACUUGGACAAGAAUGGAACGUGUUUCAUUAAGGAAGUCCCUUUCCGAGGUGUAAAUUGCAGUGACGCAGCCGGAAAGGAAUAUCCGUACAGCUAUAUGAUCAGCACUAUGGAGGCAAAUCAUGCACAGUACCACUGGGACAAGAACUCUCUUAGUCCUUGGUUCAAUGUCAAGGAUAACUCAACAGGUGGGUACCGUCAAAUGCGCUAUGAUGAUGAGAGAAGUCUGACCUACAAGUACAUGUUGGCCAUCAUGAAUGGUAUGAGUGGUGUUGGCAUGUGGACAGCCAAUUUCCUAGACUAUUCAGAUACUGAAGCUGCUGCUAGUCAGCAAAGAGCCAUGUGGAGUUUGCUACCUUAAAGUCAUUUUUGAUGAUGGGGUUUUGUAAAUGAUAAUGUUAAUGAUAAUGACAAAGUAAGAUAAAUUCAUAAAUGAAAGGAAACUCCACUCCAUUCACUUGAAAAAUGAUUUAUUCAGGUGAUUGCAACUUCACAAUGAGGGAUUUAUUCUGAUAAUGCUCAACACUAUUGGGAAAGCUGGAAAUGAUAAUGUCUGAAAUAUACACUCCUGUACACAUAUUUAUCAAAAUAUAUGCAAAGAUAUAAGAUGUGAAUGGUGAUAUUGUUCCUAAUUUCUGUGAUAAUAUCUUAUUUUUGUGAAAUGUAUUUUAUAUUGUCAUAAAGAAAAUAUGUUGAUAUUUUAUGAUUGCUGAAUUAUUUGAUUGCUGUUUCAAGUAAUUAGCCAGUGUUUGUUGUGAUGGGUAAUUGUAACAUAUUUUAAUGAAUAAAUGAUCUUUUCUACUAUGAAUACAAGUGUAUAUGCUUUUAAAAAUAAAAUAAUGAACUUAGUGUUC